UGGUUACAAGGUUCCUUUAAUCAAGAUCGUCGUGGAUACCGAGUUUACACUUCCUGUUACGUGAAAAAUGCUAAUGUGAAUAACUGGUUAAGAACACCAUAUAUAGAACGUGGGGACGCUAACAGUCUUCAUAUAGAAGUGAAAUUUACUAUGAGAAAAUGUUCACGAAUUACAGAUCCCAGCAGCCUUCAGCAGUGUAAAGAAACAUUCAAUUUGUAUUAUUAUGAAGCUGAUAUGGACAUUGCAAAUGAAAUGAGACCAACAUGGGAUGCCCAGACAUAUACUUUAGUUGAUAAAGUUCCUGCUCGACAUUUAUACGAGCAACCAACAGAAAUCAAGAUCAACACAGAAACUCGAAGAAUCGCUUUACGACCUAACCUACGUGGGGUGUAUUUUGCAUUCCAAGAUGAAGGUGCUUGUGUUACACUAAUUUCCAUCAAAGUAUUUUACGUUGUGUGUCCAAAUAUCACUAUGAACUUUGCCUCGUUCCCAGAAACUCCAACUGGUGAUUCUGAAUCCUCAUUGGUUGAUCGUCAAGGUCAGUGUGUCAGGAACGCCAUCGAAAUGCAGCCACCAACCUAUCUUUGCCGUAGUGAUGGCUCAUGGUACCAGGAUCCUAAAGGUCAAUGUUUGUGUAUGCCAGGAUAUGAAGGCACCAGUGAUUCUACACAAUGUACUGCCUGUAAUAAAGGAAUGUAUAAAUGGUCCCAGGGCAAAGAAGCGUGUAAACCCUGCCCCCACCAUAGCUAUGCCAACUCUCCUGGAGCAGUAGAAUGUAACUGUGAACAUAGUUACUUCAGAAGUCCCCAAGAUGAGAAGUCUAUGGCGUGUACUCAACCACCUUCAGCUCCCAAGAAUCUGAUCUUAGAAUCUAUGAAGUCAACAACUGCUACAUUACUAUGGGAACCCCCACAGGAACUAGGUGGCAGAACUGAUCUUCAGUAUCAGGUGGAAUGUCGUCUGUGUAAUAGCCAAGUUGAGGCUCGGCCAGGUUGGAGAGCGUUCAAUACCACCAGGGUAACAUUAAAGGGACUAGCUCCGAACUCCCAGUAUCAGAUAGUAAUCUAUGCUAAGAAUGGUGCCAGUGAUAUCAGUGGUCAUAUCUCAUCAGCUGAUAUUACUAUUACCACUGAUGCUAAUGUGAAAAUAAUCAAUGUGAGAGUUAUCAGCAAGGAUUCCAAUCAUAUCACUUUAACCUGGGGUGUUCAGUUACCUAAUGGUGCCAAUACAGCAGUCCGUAACUACGAGGUUAAAUACUUCCCUAUUAACUCUGAAGGACAUCAUAAAAUCAAGACAACAACAGAGCCCAAUUUUACUCUGACUGACUUUGGCUUUGAUACAGAAUACUUCUUUCAAGUUCGUGGAUAUACUGACAAGGGAUGGGGAGUAUAUAGUGAUCCCCUACCAGUUUCUACUGGCAACAAGGGCGAAUAUGAAUUAAAAGAUCCCCCUAUUGGAAUAAUCGCAGGAUCAAUUGUAGCUGUGAUACUAUGUAUGGCCAUAGCAACCAUCAUGAUUAUUAUUCUCCUCCGAAGGAAUCGUCAGAAUUGUAAUGAAAAGAAAGAAUGUGAUACACCGUAUGGACAUGUGACGAUGCCACUGUUUCCAUCUCCUGGUUCCAUCCACAGUUCUGUCAGAACCUAUAUAGAUCCACAUACCUAUGAAGAUCCUAACCAAGCUGUCCGAGAAUUUACCAGAGAAAUUGAUAUUUCCCAUAUAACGAUUGAAUCUGUUCUUGGUGGAGGUGAGUUUGGUGAUGUUUGUAAAGGUAAAUUAAGAGUUCCAGGACGACCAGAGAUGACUGUUGCCAUUAAAACAUUGAAACCUGGUGCCACAGAGAAAAACAGACUGGAUUUCUUAACUGAAGCCAGCAUCAUGGGUCAGUUUGAUGAUCCUAAUGUUAUUUUCCUGGAAGGUGUCAUUACCAAAAAUAAUCCGAUAAUGAUUGUAACAGAAUUUAUGGCCAAUGGAUCUCUGGAUACCUUCUUGAGAAACAAUGAUGGUAAAUUUACUGUGAUCCAAUUGGUUGGAAUGAUGCGUGGAAUUUCCUCUGGUAUGAAAUAUCUGUCUGAAAUGGGCUAUGUACACAGGGAUCUAGCGGCAAGAAAUAUUCUAGUGAAUGAGAGUUUGGUGUGUAAAGUUGCAGAUUUUGGUCUAUCAAGAGAAAUAGAAACAGACAAUACUGAUGGUGCUUAUACAACUAAGGGAGGAAAGAUACCAGUGAGAUGGACUGCCCCAGAAGCCAUUGCAUACAGGAAGUUCACAUCAUCAUCAGACGUCUGGAGUUAUGGUGUUGUCAUGUGGGAGAUAAUGUCAUAUGGUGAGCGGCCAUAUUGGAAUUGGUCCAAUCAAGAUGUCAUUAAAGCAGUUGAAAAGGGAUACAGACUUCCUCCACCUAUGGACUGUCCUGAAGCCACACAUCAGCUAAUGUUAGAUUGCUGGCAGAGAGAAAGAUCACAUCGACCAAAAUUCUUUCAUAUCGUAAAAACAUUAGAUAAACUAAUCAGAGCACCAGAACUGCUGAGAAAGAUGGCAAAACCAAGGUAA